CUUCUUGUUUGCUCUCCACUGGGGGGGCACUGCUCCUGCUGUGUGCAUUGGGAGGCAGUUACAAACGUUACUAUUUUGAGAGAGUCAGUGUAUGCACUCUGCGCGCUGUAGCAAAAGAUCGAACGAGGGGGAGAGAGGCAGAGAAAGGCAGAGCGGGGUCUGGCUCGUUCUUCUGCACAUUAAGUGGUGUGCACAACAGGAUGAGGGAGCAUCGGGAGGCUCGGACCUGCAGUUGACGCCGAGCUGUGACACUGAAUCCAGGUAUAAAGCAGAGGAAGGGCAGACAGUAAGUCAGGAGGUCGCGUGUCAAGGAGCUUUUGCAGAGCAGAUCCAGAGGCAUCUUUUUACGGAUCGAAGGAAAGGAAGGCAAAAGGAAAGAGGGAGGUGGAGGUGAACAGAGACAGGAAAGAUGGCGAGUUUUGGGAAACUCACAGACUACUUUAAUCGGCGUAAGUCUCGAGAGGAGCUGCGUGUGGGCAGGAGCUCCAGGCGCAGUGGCAGUUACUGCUGCACCGUGGCAGAGGCCAGGUCACUGGAAAGGAAGCUGCAGAGACCCCUCCUGGCUAAGUCCCGCACCCUUCCCAGCAUCCCCCAGUCACCGACGGUCUCCAGGGUCCACCACUCUGAUCUCAUUGGUGGGAGUCCUCCGCGCAGGAAGAACCCGCCCACUGCGACCAGCCACCCAAAGGCCUGCACUCUGCCACCUGCAGGGGAACUGUGGCGAUUGGAGGAUGACAUGGAGGGUGAAGAUGAGCCCGAUCAUGGUGGGUGCACCGAGGCCCGCCCGCGCUCCCAGUCCCCCUUUUCCCACUUCCGGGCGCGAGCUGCCUACCUCCGCAAGAGUGUCUCCGCAGAUGACCACCUGGACAUGGGCUUGGACUACAGUUCGGGAAGUGCAGUUGAGAUCAAACCGACCCGUGGCAGUAAGGGCAAGCUGAAGAGAAAGUUUAGUCUGGGGUCUGCUGACAGGAAGGAGAAUCAGCACAAGAAGUUAGAGUCAGGAAUCUCCAAAUUUACACAUCGUCUGUCCCUCAAAGAGCGUCCCGCCAAAACAGAGAAGGCUUCCUCAGAGAGAGCUCCGUCCUACAGGCGACGAUCUCUUAGUGUGGACUGGGCUGACUCGGCCAAGAUGACGCAGCCCAUGAGGGGGGACCAGGCCCACCAGCCGGCCCCAGCCCGCAAGUCAGCCAGCCUGUCCUCGCCAAGCGCGGCUCGCCGCCUAUACCGCAACUUGUCUGGAAAGUUCCGUGUGGGCACCAACCCCCCUGCCCUGGAGGACAGUGUGGUGUCAGGACGGGGAGGAGACAAGGAGAGGCUGCGCAAAACCACCAUAUUCCAGAGUAAUGAAGCGUUGUUUGAGGCAGUGGAGCACCAGGAGUUGGACUUGGUACAGCUGCUUCUCUCCCAGUACAGUCUGGAAGAGCUGGACCUCAACACUCCAAACAGCGAGGGCCUCCUGCCGCUCGACAUCGCCAUCAUGACCAACAACGUGCCCAUGGCCAAGCUGCUCCUGCGAGCCGGUGCCAAGGAGAGUCCCCACUUUGUGAGUCUGGAGGGCCGAGCAGUGCAUUUGGCCACCCUGGUGCAGGAGGCCGAGCAGCGGGUGUCAGAACUUCAGGCCCAGGUGCGGAGCGAGGGGCCCUGUGAACGGGAGGGAUCCGACCGGGAGAGGCAGCUAAAAGCCUGGGAGUGGAGGCUCCGACUCUUUAGACGCAUGCAGACGGGCUUCGAGCACGCCAACCCUCCAGACGCUCCCAGUGUAGUCCGCCUGUCUGUCAGCAGCAGCACCAGUCUAAGGGUGGACUUCCAGGAACCUCUCUGUGUCAACUCUGCUGUGGUUACCAAGUACAAAGUGAGCUGGAGCAGUGCUCCAUCCUUCAGUCCUUUGCUGGGUGAGAUGGUGGUGGCUGACACCACUCUGCUGCAGUGCAACAUCAGUGGACUCACUUCUGGGACCCAUUACUAUGUCCAGGUGUCAGCCUACAACAUGAAGGGCUGGGGGCCUCCACUAGUUUCCACCCCUGCCUGCGCUGCACCUUCCAGCUGGAGGGACAUCGACGGCAGAGCUCCACGGCAAAGAGGCCAGAAGGAGGCGUUAGACCAGCUACUCGGCCAGAUAAAAGAAGCUCACCGCCACUGUGUCUGCCAUGAGCAGUGCAAAGCUCCACCACAAGGCAGGAAGCACUCGGUAUCCAAAAGCCUGCGCCACCUCUUCCAACCCACCAGCAAAUUUGUAAAAAGUUUGAAAAGAGGUCUUUAUCUGACGUCCAUAUUCUACAGAGAUGAUAACGUGUUGGUGACGCCAGAGGAUCAGAUUCCUAUUGUGGAGGUUGAAGAUUCCUACUCCAGUUCACUCAUGCAGGACUUCCUCUGGUUCACCAAGGUGUCCUACCUGUGGGAGGAGAUUCCCUGGCUGCAGCAGUGUCUCAGUCCCUCCCAGUCGUCCUGUUCCUGUACUCUGCAGACACGCCUCAAGAUGCUGCAGGCUGUCUCCCAUCUACAGGGAAUGCUGGGAACCCAGGACCUUGGUCAGGUGUAUCUUGAGCCAAUCAAAGAUAAGCAUGGUAACGCCCUGCUGGUGCUCCUAAAGGAUAUGAGUGCCUGUCCCAACCUGGAUGGGGUACGCUGGACGCAGCUUUGUAAACUCCAGCUCCAACGCAAGUCCAUCUCAUCGCCUGAGGAGCCCACCGCCUUGGACAUGCUCCUCAUCACACUCCAUGAGAAGCUGGCGUAUCACAGACGGAGCAGGAAGCUGUUGUCUCCAGGCUUGUACCUGGGCUACCUGAAGCUGUGUACAUCAGUGGAGCAGAUCAGAGCGCUGGUGCCUCAGAAACUCCCCAACGUCCUCUGUCACACAAAAAUUCGGGACAACAGCAACGUGUCCAGAGAGGAGUGGCAGUGGCUGCAGGCCCUCAGCUCUCUCGAGGAGUCCACAGAAAUGGACCAUGAUGUACAGAGUGCUCCACAUCGCCUCCUACAGGACCUGCGCAGCGCCAUCAAGGACCUGAUGGCCCACAUCAAUGUCCCUGGCAAUCAGGCGCAGGACUUCCGUAUUUACAGCCAGGAGGUUGUGGAGUUUGGGGAGAAAGUGUCCUUCUUGUUGCUCCUACCACCUUCAGAUGAAGUGUGCACAGCCCCGGGUCAGAACAACCCAUACUCCCCCCGCUCUGGCUUCCUCACCCUGCCGCUGCAGAUCUUUGAACUCGUCCAUUUUAAUGCCUAUUGCCCCAGUUUUAUCGGACAGUACUGCAGAGUGUCGGCGUUGCUGGAACUGGAGUCACUCAUGUCCCAGCAGGCGCUAAGAGAGGCCUUCUCUGAGGCUGAGCUGCUUGCUGCUAAGAAGAAACACCAGCAGGUCCAAGAACAUAUGCAGCAAAUGGAGGAGGUGUGGCGGGAUGCGAGGUGGAUUAUGGACGCGUUGCAGUACGCCCGCUACAAGCAGCCAACAGGAGGCAUCUCCAUAAGCUGGAUAAUUGACUUCUCCAAAGAAGUGAUGCCUGAAAAGCCUCCCUCCACCUCCUCUCAACCAGACUUCAUGCCCUCUCCCAUGCCUUCCCCCGAACCCUGCCGCAAGCACUCAGAUUUUGCUGGACUAUCAGACGAGGAGGGCUCCUCCGAGGUCUUCCUCACCACUGACAGUGACUAUGACUCCAGUCGUGCCCAGAGCCCCCGUGAGCUGGACUUGCUGCCCCCCUCACCCCUCUCAUCCUCUGCACCCGUGGAGCCUCGUGGCUUCCUGCGCAGCGAUGGAAGCAGCUCAGGAGGAGGGACGUGUCUCGGCGGCAGUGGACGUGGAGGGGGAGCACUAAGGGAUUCCACGCCAGACGUCCUCCAGGCCUCAGAGCCGCAGCACGGGAGGGAUGGUGAGCGGUGCGGAGUAGGAGGAGUAGUUCGGUGUGCAGGAGAAAGGCGGAGAGGGGCCCCAGAGCUGUUUGACAGUGACUUCAUCCUGCCCAGCAGGCAGAUCGAGCUGUUGCACAUCACAGAGAAGAGACAGGCCUUCUGCGUGAGAACCAGCAGCCUUGAGUUUCCUUCCGCCACCUCAGCCCACACCCAGCCUUUCUCCUUCCACGCCACUUGCCCCUCACCCUCUACCUCACCGCAGCGACGGUGGCACAGGCCCUCGUCAGUGGACCGCUGUUGCUCUGCCGAGCGCUGCUUAUCCCACCUUCCACCAGCGCGUACGUUAUCGGAGGACAGCGGCACCCAGAGACUCUCCUCACCAUCACCUGCUGCCCUCAGGAAAGGCUGUCAUGCCACACUCAGAGUGUACCCACAGUAUCGCACAGGGCUGCCGAAGGAGACCAGUGUUAAGCUUUGUGUAACUCCAGGCACGUCAGCAAAAGAGAUGGUCCAUCUGGUGGUGCAGGAGAUGAACACGGUGUCUCGGCGCAUGCUCGGUAGCAGCGGAGGGAGCGGGGAACAGGAGGAGUGUGUGUACUACAGUCCUGAACAGUUGAAGCACUUUGGCCUCGUUCUGGUGGUAGACAACAGAGAAAAGUGGCUUCAGGACGACUUCUGUCCCCUGGAGCUCCAGAACCCCUGGCUGAGGGGCAAACUGUGCGUUCGCAUUAAGGAGUAUUCACCACUAGCGCUCAAACACAGCCGGGCCACCACGGUGUGAUACUUCCAGGAGAGAGAGAGAAAGACAGUGUUAAAAGAUGAAUGCACACUAAAAUUACAUUUGUACAAACUGUCCAAGGACUCCUAAAUUUUACAGUUUUCUCUCUCAGUGUGGUGUUACCGUCCACAACUGCAGCUAUAACAUGUUGUCAUAUUUUCUGCUGUGUUCUUGUUAUCUCAAAGCUACUCUGAGAAUCUGUUUCCAUGAAAUGUGUUCUCCCAUAUAUAAGACCUUUUUUUUUUUUAUGAACAUCAGAGACCCUCAUAUGGACACCAAAUGAACAAUAACAAAAUGGAACAAAGAGAAAAUCAUUUUUUGUGCUGUCACAAAUCAUUGGGGAAAUGAUUGUGAUGCUGAGCAAAAAUAAUGGAGCAUCGCUUUGACUUCUGGCAUGAUUGACGCCGGCACAUCGGUCUGUGAAUGUUGCCAAAUUGACGUGGGCAGCAUCUUCGCCUCCCCAGCCACACACGGACACAGCUUUUCCUAUGAACUCUCUCAUUGUGUCAUUCCCAGAGAGCUGUCGGCUGCAGCCGCCCGGCCCCAUGUUCCCAGGAUGUGGGCUCUGGACCUGGCCCAGAGGGCAGGAAGGAAGGGAGAGGUACAGAGGGGGGCUGGCGUCUCCGCUUGGGGACGCAAUCGGCCCGGCGAUUUGGCCCGUCAGCCUGUCACUCAACUGCUCUUGGCCACUGUACUGUCUGGUAGCGAAGCAGCCAAACAAGGGAGAGGGAGCUUCACAGAGAAUGGAAGAGAGAGAGAGAGAGGGCGAGGUGGAGGGAACCUGGCACUGGCUCUCUUUUCUCCCUUUUGCAGCAACAAAUCCUCUGUAUAGUAGACUCAGUCGUAGUGUAGCUAACUAAUAUCAUCAUUUCAUCUUGUGAAGUAACACAAAAUAAAAACCAGCUCAUUUGGAUUUUCAAACAGAGAAAAAAAAAAAAACAAGCAAUACUUGACUCUUUUUGUUUUGUCUAAUCGAUGGAAAACGCAUGUAAACCUUCCAGAAUUGUGCUGAGUACAUCUGAAGUACUGUAGUCAUGCUGUGCUAAAAGUUAACCAGUUUAGUGUUUUUGUUGUGUUUGGUUCAGUGGUAUUCCCAGAUGCACCAGAAAGUGGUGCCCGUCAGUCUAGAGCAGGGUCUCCCAAAGGUAUUCUGGUGUUAAAGGGAUGACUCAAGUUGUUAAGAGGCAAAAACCACACACUAUAUAUUCCAAACUGUCUCCCAAACUGCGUCAAUAUAAGUUAUAUAUGAAAGAACCAUAAGAAAAUAUUUUAGCCUCAGUGACACAUGGAAGACUCUUGACAAACCACUAUGACCUGAAAAACUGCUACACUUUGUAAGAUGUAGCAAACUGUAGAGUUGCGACACUUUCUGUCUGUAAUAAGUCAAUGACUUCAAUUACACUGGCGCAAGCACUGUACUUUUCAGAUGAACCACAUUAAUUCUAACUACACUAUAAAUCAGCCUCUUAACAAUCGAAACCAUCCUUUUUUAGCUCAUGUUUGGGAACCUGUGCCAAGUUUUGGUUUCUCUUUUCACUGGUAGGAUACAGUGGAACCUUUUUUUCUUUUUUCUUUUUGAACCAGUACAGUUUGUGCAUUGUUCACAUUAAUUUCCACAUCUCACGCUAACAGAAACUCCAGGCUGUUGUGUUGUUUAUUUAUUUUUAUUUUUUUCUAUCAGCAUAUGAUUAAUACUUUUUUUUCCUUUUUUUUCCUGCUCUAAAAUGUCAACCAAGCUCAGCAACAUCACACCAUAAUAAUAACCUGCAGCAUUUCCAAAUGUAGCACCAGAAAGGUCCAAAAGAGGAGAGUCUGAUGAGUGAAGUCGGUGGGCCUGGCCUCAGUUACUGUAGCAUUCCAGGUUUACAGGAUGAUGUUGAACCUGUGGUGGAGGUGGGGGAGGGGUGGGGGUGGGGGGGUGAACAGUGGUGUCUCUCAAAGUGUUUACAGAAUUUACUUUCCUUACACCUUCGAAGAUGUGUUUACGUGUAACUACUGUAUAAAGAUGUCUUAAGACAAACUGAUGUUAUGAGUUGUAAUUGGUUUUACUGAUGGCUUGAACUUGUGUUAGAGCUUAGAUGUCUUCUUUAUUCACAUUGUUAAAAGCGGUUUUUACGAGGGCCAACUGCAAAAACAAAUCACACAACCAGAAACUGAAGGAUGUACAUAGACAAACAAGACCAGGGGACAAAUGUACUGUAUCUGCCCACAAUGUGAAAGUAAGCGAAUUAUGGGGCUGUCGUCACCGCAGAGGUCAAAGGUCAGUGAAGUUAUGGGCAGGACUCUAGAUUGUGCAGAAAGGGAAGAAGGGGGUUUAAAUUCCCUUUCCAGUCAAAAAAAAAAAAUAAAGUAAAGCCCCAUGUUUACAAGGAGCUGUUGGCAGAUCCAUCAAGCCAAGUCAUGAAGGAGACAUCACGUCACUUUUUUAAAAUCUAUUUUUAUUGAACAAUAAAUGAAUAUUACAAAAUAAAA